AUGUGUUUCUACUUUGCAACUUGGAAACUUUUGCUUGCAGUUAAUUUGAAAGAGUGCCUCAGGUCUGCAGACCUCAUCCAGUCCGGUGACCCUGACUUCAGAGUUCUUGAUGACGGCUCAGUAUACACAGCCAGCAAUGUGGUGUUGUCUGAUGAGAACAGAUCAUUCAUCAUAUGGCUUUCUGACACCAAAACCCAGACACAGAAAAAGAUUAAGGUGCUCCUGGAACAUCAGAAGAAGGUACUGAGGAAAAGAGAUACUAAAGAAACCGUUCUCAGGCGUUCCAAGAGGAGAUGGGCCCCUAUUCCCUGCUCAAUGCAAGAAAAUUCACUGGGCCCGUUCCCUUUAUUUCUUCAACAGGUUCAGUCUGAUGCAGCACAGAACUAUACCAUCUUCUACUCAAUAAGUGGGCGUGGAGUUGACCAAGAACCUUUGAAUUUGUUUUUCAUAGAAAAAGACACUGGAAAUCUGUAUUGUACCCGGCCUGUGGAUCGUGAAGAAUAUGAUAUUUUUGAUUUAAUUGCCUAUGCCUCGACUGCAGAUGGGUAUUCAGCAGACUUACCUCUUCCACUGCCCAUCAGAGUGGAGGAUGAAAAUGACAACCACCCUAUUUUCACAGAAGCUAUUUAUAAUUUUGAAAUUCCAGAAAGUAGCAGAGUUGGUACUGCCGUGGGAGUGGUUUGUGCCACAGACAGAGAUGAACCGGACACGAUGCAUACACGCCUGAAGUAUAGCAUUUUGGAGCAGACCCCGAGGUCCCCUGGGGUCUUCGCUGUGCAUCCCAGCACAGGUGUUAUUACCAUCACCUCUCAUUAUUUGGACAGAGAGUCUGUAGAAAAGUACUCACUGAUAAUGAAAGUACAAGACAUGGAUGGUCAGUUUUUUGGAUUGAUGAGUACAUCAACUUGUAUGAUCACAGUAAAAGAUUCAAAUGACAACGCACCUACUUUCAAACAAAAUACUUACGAAGCAUCAGUAGAGGAAAAUGCAUACAAUGUGGAGAUCUUACGAAUACCUGUAGAAGAUAAGGAUUUAAUUAACACUGCCAAUUGGAGAGCCAAUUUUACCAUUUUGAAGGGCAAUGAAAACGGACAUUUCAAAAUCAGCACAGACAAAGAAACUAAUGAGGGCGUUUUGUGGGUUGUAAAGGUACAGGUCCAGGUUAUGAGGAUAGAAAAGGCCCUAUUUGGGAAGGAUUCUUGGUUUUAUAUUUGUAACUCAGAACAAGGAAGAAAAUUGUCCUAUGGGCAGGGACUUGGAGACUAUAGGCUAGUAUUGACCAAAAAAAGUAAGAUCAACCCGAUUGGCCAGAAAAGCCCAUCAGAUGCUGUGGAUCUAGGUAAGCAAGUUGUUAAGACCAGAAAAUUCAGCCCAGGGGAAGGAGAAGAAGCAGUAGGCUAUUCUAUGUGGCUGUGCAGCAGGAUCCAGAUUCCAGGAGACCUGGUGUGA